AUGGUUUUAUCAAAUAAAAAGCUAAAGCAGAAGUUAAGAGCUGAGAAAGCUGAACUUCUAGCUGCAGCAGAGUCCCUAAUUGGCAAGAAUUCCGAAGACCCAAAUUCAGGCUCUCAACCAUCUCUGGAGCCUGUGGAUUCAGUUCCCCGGAAGCCGAAAUUAUCAAAGAGAGAAAAACGCCGUGAAAAGGGUCCAUCUUUGCAAGAAAAUAACGGCAAGUUGAAUGGAAUAGGCCGGGCAGAUGAAAAGCCGGAGAAUGCGGGAGAGGGUUCGGAGGAGGUGGUUACAGAUGCGAAGAAAAGCAAGAAGAGGAAAAGAGGUGAAGGGGAUCAGAAAUUGGAUGACGGAAAAUCGGAGGAAGUGAAAAAGUCGAAUAAAAAGAAGAAGAAGAAGAAGAAGAAGAAGCAAAAAAAGAAUAAGAAGAAGGAGGAGGAGAAGGUGGAUAAUGGGAAGGUCAAAGAUGGAAUAUUGAGUUUCGAUGAUGCUAAAAAUGAUGGCCAGGGUGUUGCAGAAACUGCAACCACGGCUAAUAGCGAACAAAGUGUCGAUGUUUCUGCUAAAGUUUAUGUUGGAGGCAUUCCUUAUUAUUCCUCAGAAGAUGACAUUAGACACUACUUUGAAGAUUGUGGUACCAUUACAGAAAUUGACUGUAUGAAGUUCCCUGAAACUGGGAAGUUCAGAGGGAUUGCCAUUUUAAAUUUCAAGGUUGAAGCUGCGGCGAAGAGAGCAUUGGCCCUUGAUGGUUCUGACAUGGGUGGGUUCUUCCUUAAAAUCCAACCUUACAAGCCGAGUAAACCUGCCAAAACAGCCAACUUUUCGCCUACCAUUGUGGAGGGCUAUAAUAGGAUCUAUGUUGGGAAUUUAUCCUGGGACAUAACCGAGGAAGAUUUGAAGACGUUUUUCUCAGGCUGCAGUAUUGCAUCUAUUCGUUUUGGUAAAGACAAAGAAACAGAAGAAUUCCGAGGUUAUGCCCAUGUGGAUUUCUCUGAUAGUCAUUCCCUAAGCCGUGCGUUGCAACUUGACCAGCAGAUUGUCUGCGGGAGACCUGCUCGCAUAUCAUGCGCUGUACCAAAGAAAGGGUCUGAUAAGAAAACGAAAUCUGUGCCUGAGAGUAAUGAACCGGCUGGUGAUGUUGUAUCUGUGCCAGAGAGUAAGGAACCUGCUGCUGCUGAUGUUGUAACUGCUAUUAGCGGGAAAAUUCGAAGGAGGACAUGUUACGAGUGCGGGGAGAAAGGUCAUCUGUCGUCUGCUUGCCCGAAGAAGCAAGCUGUUGACCAGACGGAUGCUGCCACAAGUUUAACUACUGGUGAGCAGUCUUGGUCAAGCCUGUUGGGUUUAAACUUAAUGCUAAAGGGUAACUUCAUUUUCCACUCUUGGGGGAUUGAUCAAGGAGAAAUAAUGGCCGUGUAUUCCAGGUGUAGCACCGACCAACUGUUGAUGCCCAGUAAGUGGAACAUCGAACGGUCUGAAUCUGCUCAGAGUCCUGAGAGCACUAUGUUUUGGUCGGAACAACCACCUAAUAAGUUUAGUAAUUCCGUCGGGUCGGUUCCCGUAGUUUACUAUCUCAGCCGAAAUGGCCAGCUCGAUCACCCUCAUUUCAUCCAAGUCCCACUCUCUGGCUCCCACGGCGGCCUCUUUCUCAAAGAUGUGGUGAAUAAAUUGAACUCUAUCAGAGGAAAUGGAAUGGCUUAUAUGUAUUCAUGGUCUUCCAAAAGGAGCUACAAGAAUGGAUAUGUUUGGCAGGAUUUAACAGAGGGUGAUUUAAUCCACCCAACCAACGAUCACGAUUACAUCCUCAAAGGUUCAGAAAUCCUCAAGGGAUCACGAUUACUCCCACAAACCACCACUAUUGAGGCUUACGAUUAUUCAUCGAAUCAUCACCGAUCCAGCAAGUCAAGGAAGAAAAAUCAGUCUUGGAGUACGUUUGAGAUUCCCACAAAUCCGUCCAGCAAAAACAACAGUAUCUACGAAUGCCGGCUGGUUCGGAAAAGCGAGUCCAGCCGGGAACUCGGAGGAGGCAGGGCGUCGGCGGACAUGGCGACGCAGACGGAGGCGGCGGUGGACAUGCGGCGGCGGAGCAAGAGUAUGAGGGUGUAUGUUAACAAGAGUGUGGAGUCAAGCAGGGAAGAAGAAUUGUCCAAUUUGUCUCCUCCUUCGAUGACCAGCUCCGAGGGAUGUGUGAGUGGAUCUGGAGACGUUGAUCAGUGUGCAGGUGUCAUGGAUCCGACGGUUCAGAAUGAGUACACGAGCGGCACUAGAAUCAAGCCUUCUCGUGUGUUAAUGCAUUUGAUCAGCUGUGGAUCAACGGCUAAGGAUCUCGGUCCCGUCAAAGAGAGUCCACGCGGAUAUUCCGUGAAGGCCAGAUGUGGAAGAACCGUGUUACGCGAUGUAGUGGAUCGUUAA